AUGGCAGACACCGACUCCGAUCCAAAUGCCCUAAUCGAUGGCAAUUCCCUUGUUGCCAUGUCCCUGGCACGUGCCGGCGUGGAUCGCAUGUUCGGCGUGGUGGGAAUUCCGGUCACCUCCCUCGCCAACCGCUCUGUCGCCCUCGGAAUCCGAUUCAUCGCCUUCCACAACGAGCAAUCCGCUGGCUACGCUGCCUCGGCUUACGGGUACCUCACCGGUCGGCCUGGAAUUCUCCUCACCGUUUCCGGGCCGGGUUGUGUUCACGGGCUAGCGGGUGUCUCGAACGGCACUGUUAAUGCCUGGCCCAUGGUCCUGAUCUCCGGCUCAUGUGAUCAAAAGGACUUCGGCCGCGGGGAUUUCCAGGAGCUCGAUCAAAUAGCGGCCGUUAAACCGUUCUCGAAAUUUUCCGCAAAAGCCUCUAACAUCAAACAAAUCCCUGGUUGUGUUUUCGAUGUCCUUCACUGGGCUGCAUCGGGGCGUCCCGGCGGGUGUUACUUGGACUUACCCACCGAUGUGCUUCACCAAACUGUCACUGAAUCGGAGGCGGAGAAAUUGAUUGUUGAUGCUCAGACUUGUAGAAAGGAAAACAAAGAGGAAGGGAUUGAAAUUGUUAAGCAUUCGGAGAUUGAAAAGGCGGUUUCGAUGCUGAGACAGGCAGAGAGGCCGUUGAUUGUGUUUGGUAAGGGCGCUGCCAUUGCUAGAGCCGAGAAUGAGCUGAAAAAGUUGGUGGAAAGUACUGGAAUUCCAUUUUUGCCAACACCUAUGGGGAAGGGUUUGUUGCCUGAUACCCAUGACCUAGCAGCAACUGCGGCGAGGUCAUUGGCAAUUGGGAGAUGUGAUGUUGCAUUGGUGGUUGGUGCAAGGCUUAAUUGGUUGUUGCAUUUUGGGGAACCUCCAAAGUGGUCUAAGGAUGUGAAGUUUAUUUUGGUUGACAUAAGUAAAGAAGAGAUUGAGCUGAGAAAGCCAUGUCUUGGACUGGUUGGGGAUGCGAAAAGGGUUUUGGAAAUCAUAAAUAAGGAGAUUAAGGAUGACCCUUUUUGUUUGGGAAAGAAUCAUACUUGGGUUGAAGCGAUAGCAAAGAAGGCAAAAGAAAAUGUGUCAAGAAUGGAGGCACAGUUGGCUAAGGACGUUGUGCCUUUCAAUUUUAUGACACCAAUGAGGAUAAUCAGGGAUGCAAUUUUGGGAUUGGGUAGUCCUGCUCCGAUAUUGGUGUCUGAGGGGGCAAACACGAUGGAUGUUGGUCGUGCUGUGUUAAUUCAGAUGGAGCCGAGGACAAGGUUGGAUGCUGGGACUUGGGGGACAAUGGGGGUUGGUCUGGGCUAUUGCAUUGCUGCGGCUGUGGCUUCACCUGAUCGGCUUGUUGUUGCUGUUGAAGGGGACUCUGGAUUUGGUUUUAGUGCCAUGGAAUGCGAGACAUUGGUUCGAUAUCAGUUGCCUGUGGUGGUUAUAGUCUUUAACAAUAAUGGUGUAUAUGGUGGUGACCGGAGGAACCCUGAAGAAAUUACAGGACCUUACAAGGAUGAUCCAGCACCGACUUCUUUUGUCCUUGGUGCUGGAUAUCAUCUUCUAAUUGAAGCUUUUGGGGGAAGGGGUUAUCUUGUUGGGACACCUGAUGAACUCAAAUCAGCGCUUUCUGAAGCUUUUUCUGCACGGAAGCCUGCUGUCAUAAACGUUACAAUUGAUCCAUAUGCUGGUGCAGAAAGUGGGAGGAUGCAGCAUAAAAACUGAGGCAAGCUGUAGCACCUUUAAUUUUUGGUUGGUUAUGCUUUUUUGUUUUUGUGUAUACUUGGUUUGCUUUUUCUGGAGGUUCUCAUGUGUGACACCUUCUGAUUAGGUGAAUCUAGACCAGUUUUAGCAUAAAUAAUUUAUAAAGCUGGAGUUGUGGUUGUUGCUAGCAUGUCGGCAAGACACACUCUUAACUCCAGUUUGUUUGUUCCAUAUCAUCAUAUCAAUUGUUGAAGAAAUUGAAUAAGUGAAGAGAAAAAAAUAACGGCAUCAAAGGCGAACAAGUCAUAAUACUUGACCUAGUUGAUGUAUAGUAUUAAUGUGCUCAGAUUUCAAAGUUAAUCUGAUUAUGUCACUAUGGAGACAUCUGAUUAUGUCACUAUGGAAAUGCAUAUUACACUCUCAUAUGGACUCGAUGGAUGUUCAGGGUAGUAUUCACCCAUUUGCCGUUUUUGAUUUGUCUAUGG